CGCUACGAGGAGAAUGGGGGCAUCCGAUUUAUUUCCUCCGUUUUUUUAGCUCUAAUUCGAUGUUGUUUUGAGCAUAGGAUUCCUGGAUCUACUGCAUCUUCUUCCCCUUCUCCUUUGCUUCCUCUGUGUUGCUUCAAUUUUGCGCAACAAUGGCCUGUUUUAGUUCGGAGAGUUGGGGAAUGGGUUCUUUGUAGCGAGUGGCAUCGAUUGAUGAGGUCUUAAUCUUAUGAACCCAAAUUGAUGCCAUCAUGGGUAUUUCUACCAAGUGGCUUAAAUCAUUGGUCGGUCUAAGAAAACAAGAGAACUCGCAACAUCCAGAGAAUGAUGAGAAUAAAAAGGUUGUUAGUGAUCGGCCAAGACACCGAAGGAAACAUUCUAUCAACUAUGAUAGUGUUGUAAUAGAAGAGGAAUCUACCGUUGAAACUGUGGAAUUGGUUGGUGAAGCCAGUAUCAAGUCAACUGCGAACCCUGCUUCCUCGCCUACUUCCUCUCUUCAAGUGCAGGUGUCUUCUCAAACUGAGCAGAUUGUGAAAGAGGAUUGGGCUGCCACAGUUAUUCAGACUGCAUUUCGAGGUUUCCUGGCUAGACGAGCUUUACGGGCUUUGAAAGGAUUGGUUAGACUUCAGGCUCUUGUCAGGGGCCAUGCGGUGAGAAAGCAAGCAGCUAUAACACUUCGGUGCAUGCAAGCUCUUGUAAGAGUUCAGGCUCGGGUUAGAGCAAGGCGAGUUCGCAUGGCUUUAGAAAGUCAAUUGGGCCGGAAGAAGGUUCAACAACAGGACCAAUCUCAUGAGGAUUGUGUUCGGGAAAUUGAGGGAGGAUGGUGUGACAGUAUAGGCUCCGUGGAGGAAAUCCAGGUCAAAUUACUAAAGAGGCAAGAAGCCGCGGCCAAGCGUGAGAGAGCCAUGGCAUAUGCUCUGACUCAUCAGUGGCAAGCGGGUUCAAGGCAACAGGUGGCUGCUGCAGGAUUUGAGCCAGAUAAGAACAACUGGGGCUGGAAUUGGUUGGAGAGAUGGAUGGCGGUUCGCCCAUGGGAAAACCGUUUUCUCGACAUUAAUGUUAAAGAAGGGGUGGUGGUAAGUGAUAAUGAACAGGAAAAGGGAGCCAAAUCCCUGCACAAGCCAAUGGCAAAAAAGCCCAUCUCAGCUCUUCAUUCGAAUAUGCUUAACCAGAAAGCUGGGCCAUCACAUUCUGAGGGAAGUGCUUCCUCCUCUAGCCGGUCUGCAAAUCUGCUUGCUUCUGCUUCAGCAACAAGUAAAAUAAAGCUAAAGACAUCAUCGAAGGAGGCUUCUGAGGAAGCUGUUUCUCAGCCUACUGGACUCGGUGCUCGGUCAUAUAGUAAUCCAAAAGAGAGGCGGGUACAGAUUGAUUCACAGGCAAAGAAGAGAUUAUCCUUGCCAAACAGUGGUGUCAAAUCAGGAAAGCAUCCAGCAAACAGAACUUCAGUUAACCUAUCAGCAAAUACUCAAAAGGUCAAUAAAGAUGUAUCUAAAUCUGAAUUAAAACAUCGUCCCAGUCCUGUAGAUCAACCUGCCAUGAAGAGAGUUGAACUGCAGAUAUGAGAAGCCAUUUUCUGUCAAUUGCAGUUAUCAAUUGAAAAGCGGAUUGUUAUGCUUCUGCAUUUGGCUUUUCUGUAUAUAAAGUAGUGAAUCUUUUUAUUUCUGCACUCUUUUUCGAUCUUCUCAUGCAGAAUUUAUUCUUUCUUGUCUGAGCACGAUGUCAUUGACAUUUUUAUCUGUUCUUCAUUAGAUCUUAUUAGUGUUAUAUAUAUAAACAUCUAUUGUUGAUUAGCAAUCUUAA